ACCUCGCCUUGCCCCAUCCCACCCCACCCUCGCCGCCUCAGGCCACCACCCUAGCCGGCGGCAUCAUGCCGUCUCGCCGGCCAUCCACCUCCCCCUCCUCUACCGUGCCCUCCGCUAAUCUCGCCGGUCUGUCACCCCUGCCCCUGACCCCACCCACCGGUUGUCGUCCUCUACCCGACCGACGGCGCCCCCGCCGCCCUCAACCCGUCACCGCCGCCGGGCUGGCCACCGCCUCGACCAUCCCUCUACGAUCGAUCCUCUUCUCCAACUCCGGUAAGCUGCGGGCCCAAUCCAACAACUGCUCAAAAUCCAGGAGCCCUAAAUCCCUAACCCCGCUGGCCUCCACCGCCGCCUAGGGUCGGCGGCCCGCUCCCCCCACCUCCCGCCCGCAGCCACCUUCCUAGCUUGUUACUUUACCCUGUUGGCCUCCACCGCCUCUCACGAUCGGCGGCCCGCUCCCCCCACCUCCCGCCUGCAGCCACCUUUCCAGCUUGUUACUUUCUAUACCUUGUUACUCCUCCCUAUGUGUUUAAGGAUGUAACAAGAGGCAAGAGGGCGCUCGAGUUAAGACUAACUCGAGAGGGCUCUCCACGUAGUUUUUGCGUUUGAGUAUAAGGGGCGACCGAGUAGGGCUGAAGGAAGAACAAGCGUGUGUGUUACCGUUUUUAGUAGGCAACCGUUCAGAUAUAUGGUACUAAAAAUAAACUAAUUAACUUGCCUUGUGGAAUUGUAAAAGUUGGAUGAUAAGUUGGUGUAUUUGCAUCAGCUAGAGUUUUAAGAAACCUCUAAAAGCUAGAUCAAGACUUGGUUGGUAUGUAAGUGAUUGGAUGUCGUAAACAAGGGGCAUUAGCAACAGUGCAGGAGGGGCCUGCCUAUUAAUCAUAUCGCUCGCAUUGGGCCUCCUCAUGUGAUGUCUCCCUCCCCAAUCCAAUCGCAGGCAAGUUGCCACACCAACAGCAACAUCAUCACCUCCGACUCCGACGCAAUCCAAUCCCCACACGCUGAUGCUGUCCACUCCAACGCUCCUCCCAUUGACAUGAUAAGCGCUCUGCCCAUGUCCAACCUCCACGACGGCCGCGCCGGAGAUGGCCAAGACGAAGCCCCCGCCGUCUUUCCCUCGCCGGCCACCAAGCGCCUCCGCAUGUCGCCGCCGCCGGAGCCCACCUCCGUGCUCUACAACCGCAGCCCCAGCCCACCCACCUCGUCCUCCCUCGCCUCCUCCUCCGCGCCCGAGCCGCCGCCCAUAAGCGCCGAGGACUGGGAGGCCGUCCUCUCCGGCGACAUGGCCGCGCCACCAGCCGCCGCGCGGUCUUCUCAGGACAGCUGCUUCCUCCGCUGGAUCAUGGACGCCGACGCCCAAGUCGACGCCUCUGACCCCUUCUUUGCUCCGCCGCCGUGCCAAGAGCCCUGCUUCUUGCAGCCGCAGCCGCAGCCGCAGCCGCCGCCUCCGCUCGCCGCGGCCGACGAUCUCGAGCCUCGGGCGGUGGUCGACGAGCUCCUCGAGGCGGCACGCCGCGCCGACUCCGGCGACUCCACUGGCGCGCGCGAGAUAUUGGCGCGGCUCAAUCACCGGCUCCCCACGCCUCCGCCGCCGCUGGGACAGUCUCCUCUCCUCCGCGCUGCCGCUCUCCUCCGGGACGCGCUCCUGCGCCGCCUCCUCGUCACGCCGCCCGCCCUCCCGCCCGGCUCCGUCUCGUCCCCGCUCGACGUCGCCCUCAAGCUCGCCGCGCACAAGGCCCUGGCCGGCGCGUCCCCGACAGUCCAGUUCGCCAGCUUCACGUCCACCCAGGCGCUCCUCGACGCGCUCGGCGGCGCGCGCCGCGUGCACGUCGUCGACUUGGACGUCGGUUUCGGCGCGCGGUGGCCGCCGCUCAUGCAAGAGCUCGCGCUCCAGUGGCGCCGGUCUUCCGCGGCGCAGCUGCCUCCGCCGGGCAUGAAGGUGACGGCAUUGGUCUCGCCGGGGUCAGCGCACCCCCUGGAGCUCCGCCUCACGCACGAGAGCCUGACACGCUUCGCCGCCGACCUCGGCAUCCGGUUCGAGUUCAGUGCCGUCGGGUUCGACCCCUUUGACCCGUCGUCCCGGCCCGUGGGCGUGUCCGCCGCGCCCGGCGAGGCCGUCGCCGUCCACCUCCCUCUCGGCUCCGGGACCUCCACGCCGGCGCCGGCGACUCUCCGCGUCGUGAAGCAGCUCCGGCCCGCCGUCGUGGUGUGCAUCGACCACGGGUGCCACCGCGGCGACCUGCCGCUGUCGCAUCACGCCCUCAACGUCGUGCGCUCCAGCGCGGCGUUCCUCGAGUCGCUGGACGCCGCCGGCGCGCCAGCGGACGCGGUGGCGAAGGUCGAGCAGUACAUCCUGCGUCCAAGGGUGGAGCGCCUCCUGUUGCUCGGCGACUGCAGGAUGCCACCAUGGCAGGCCAUGCUUGCGUCCGCCGGAUUCUCGCCCGUGCAACUCAGCAGCGCCGCCGAGGCACAGGCCGAAUGCCUUCUCCGGCGCACGGCCACGCCGGGCUUCCAUGUGGAGAAGCGGCAGACGGCUCUUGCGCUGCGGUGGCAGCAGUCUGAGCUGGUGACGGUGUCGGCGUGGCAGUGCUCAAGGUGAAGUAAUUCAGGCACUGGGAGGGAUAAUUGUUGUAAAUUCUCUAUCAUGUUUACAAAGAUUGAAUCUUUUUACAUGUAAGUAGUGGAGUAGGAAUAUGUGCUAACUUGUUUUGUGAUGUAGCAAUUGGGUAAUGCGAUGUAAUUAUAUAUUGCAUAGGAUAAUUCCUGCUCCAAGGCUAAUAUGAUUGUUUCACAUAGUAUUUGUUUGGCUAAUAUGUGAAAGCUUGAAUAUAUACUUCCCAAAAUCAUUCUUUUUGGGACAGAAGGAGCAGGAAUUAUCCCAGAAAAUCAUUAUUUGUUUGGCUAAUACGUGAAAGCUUGAAUAUAUACUUCUCAAACAUGAACAACAGGCCUGAACCAUUACAGGUUUA